AUGGAGUCACGGACCACAACCUCGAAGGAAGCCCUCCAAGCCCGAAUAAUCGCACCUGUAUCCGUCUCAACAUCAACCCUCCGCGGAGAAGAAGAGAAAACCAAUCCCCCUCUAGCUGGUCCAUUCCACGAUGAAUCUCGAGACCUACAAGACGGAGAAGACUUGCAUUUGCCCGGAAAUGUGGAGAGGUGGUAUUUGGCUGCUUUUUUCUGGGUCAUGAUCGUCUGCGGGUGGAGUGAUGGGACUACCGGCCCCCUCGUACCUCGGAUGCAAGAAUACUUCGAUAUAGGGUAUACGGUCGUCUCCCUAGUUUUCGUCUGCGUGUGCAUAGGCAAACUCGGCGAGAUAACAAAACUCUCUCCACGUGAUGUUUACACCCUUCCUAUUUCAUUCCAGCUUAUAGCAUACGUCCUCCUCGCCGCUCCAACCCCCUACCCGGUCUUUUGUAUCGGAUUCGUCCUUUCUGGCAUCGGAGCCGGGACCGUCCAGUGCCUCGCUACAGCUUUUUUGAUGAAGCUGCAUAGGAAUCAGAACCUGAAGCAGUGUUUGUGUCAGGCUUGCUACGGCCUAGGCGCGCUAGUCUCGCCCCUAAUCGCAACUCAAUUCUCCGUCCUCCCCCACAGAUGGAGGUUACAUUACCUCUCCUCCCUCGGUCUCGCUGGACUUUCCUUUGCUUUGAUCCUCUUUGCCUUCCGGGCUUCAGGAAACAUUGAAGACUUGAGUAACGAUGCAAGCAGCAAUGCCAACGCCAACGCGGAGACGUGGAGUAAGAUGACCCGGAUAAUGCGUAAUCGCGCUGUUCAUGCAUUGGCAAUGUGGGCGUUCCUAUACACCGGGACCGAGGUCAGCUUGGGAGGGUGGAUCGUCACGUUCUUACAAGAAGUUCGAGGAGGUAGUGCUUCUGCGGGUUAUGCAUCGACAGGGUUUUGGGGCGGCUUGACGAUAGGUCGACUUUGUUUCAUAUGGAUCAACCAGAAGGUCGGAGAACGAAGGAUCGUAUUCGCCUACGCCUUGAUCGCCAUCGGGUUGGAUCUGGUUGCCUGGUUCGUACCGACGCUCAUGGCAGGGGCAGUAGCCACAUCGUUCAUCGGCUUGUGUUUAGGCCCGAUGUUCCCGAUCAUGCUCUCGGUCGCGCGGCACUCUAUACCGCACGAAAUCGCAAGCGGGUCUGUAGCUUGGAUCCAGAGUUUUGGCCAAGUUGGCAGCGCGAUGUUACCCUUCACAACCGGCGUAUUGGCGCAAGCCGUCGGGAUCGAGGUACUACAACCUGCUACUGUGACCAUGCUUGCGACCAUGACUCUGGCUUGGGCUGCUGUACUGUGGUUCACACGACGAUCCGCACGAUGA